ACGGCCCGGGACGGGGCUGGCGUUGCCUUGGUGACGGGGACGCAGCCCGCGGAAGGGGGGCUCCAGCCGGCUCGAAAAUGACGUCCCGGGACCGUGUGCCUCUCUCCAAGUCACGGGCGGAGAAGUCACGCCCCCCCACGGUACCCAUCCCUCAAGUGGAUAUCGUCCCAGGGCGCCUCUCUGAGUCAGAAUGGAUCUCCCUGGUCACCAUGGAGGAAGGAGAGGAUGGAGUGGGAGAUAUCCUGGAAGGGAUGAUAAACCAAGUGAUGGACGAGUGCUAUAAAGUGUACCUGGCUCGGCAGUGCAUCCCGUUCACCAUCAGCCAGGCACGGGAUGCCAUCCUGCAGAUUGCCGAAUGGCGCUUCCUGGCGCGGGAUGAGGGGGAGGCCACCGUGGAAGAAGAUGCCACCUGGCAGGAGGAGGAAGAGCCAGUGGCCUGUGUCACAGACUCAUGGGCACAGGGCUCAGUCCCCGUCAUGCGAACCAGUCUGACCCUGUUCCCACAGGAGAGAGAGGCGUCUUUGGACAAACUCCCUGAGGAAACACUCUCCCAUGAGGAGACGCGGCCCUCCACAGGAUCCCCCGAGGUGCCAGCAACCCCCCCCUCAGAACAGCCUUCUCAAGAGAGGGGGGCCAAGUCUGCAAAGUCAUCCAAGCCCCAGAAUGUGCUUCCGCAGCCAGCCCCGCCCCCCUCGCCCAAGACCAGAAAAGCAUACAGGGCCCAUCGAGGGCUGCUGCGUUCAGCCAGCCUGAAGAGCAUGGCCAGGCCCCUACAGGAGACUGAGAAGGAGCUGCUCCGGCAGCAGCUCUCACAGACCCUGCCUGAGGAAUCCCCGCAGGAGGAUCUUGGCAGCCUUCACCAGCUCCUGCCCAUGUCAUGCAGCAACCUGCUGAAGAUCCAGAUGGGCAGGCCCCCCAACAUCAAGGGUGUGACGUACGAUGAGUUUGGUACAGUCCUCGCCAUGCCCAAGCUGGACCCAGCCCGUCUACCCAAGUGCUGGAUCAAGCCUCAGGUGGAGGUGCUGGAUCCAGAUGUUGAGGCCAAGCGGCUGGAAGUUCUCAAAACUGUCUCAGGGCGUGGCCAGAGGAGUACCAAGUCCCACAGCCGUGCAGCCCAAGGGCCAGGGCUAGGAGAGCUCAUUAGUGCUAAGCUGCUCCAGGACACGGGGCCCAUGCUGAGUGGUGGGCUGGCCCAGGCUUUCUGUCCGAGCCACGCAGACAAGAGAGCACAGCCUUUGCCUUGCACAGGGAAAAGCCUUGAACCCAGCAGCCAUGUCUACUGGAAACCCAGCAACCUGCUGGACUCCAUUGAGCUGGCCCCAGGAGUGGCCAUCAGGGACAGCAGCAGUGUGAAGCGUGGGCCCCACCAUGGGGCACUCUAUGAAGAGGGAGGGGAAGGGGUCUUCCAAGGAAAGCUCAGGCCCAUCCGCCCCAGAGUGCCACUGCCCGCGGUUGCUGUGGAGCAGCUCAUCCGUGAUCACACGCCCCAGGUCCGGCCAAUGGCUCUGCUCAGAUCGCUCCUGUCAUCGGGGCCAGAGCACUUGUAAGUGGAGCAUACUCCCUGUCCUCCCCUCGGGGACCAGGCCGAGGUGCCGUACCAUCGCACGGCCCGGUACCAUACCCCAGCCUCUCCAGCCAGCGUUGUGUGCAGGGGCGGCUCGCUGCUUGGCUGUGGUAACCAGCUGGUGCGUGUGAUGAGGGACCUGCCUGCGCUGACCUCUCGUCUUCCCCAGCUCUUGGUAACAAUAAAUCCCGAGCACCCACA